GUGGAGAUAGAUUUAGCCUGUAAAAAUGUACUUUGUCUGACACAGAAUUCAUUUCCUGCAAACUAUUGUGACGUUUCAACAAAUUGAAACUAGCAGCUCUGUAAGGACGAGACUUCUACAGCAGGUUGGUGAUCACCAUGGCCAUGAGAAGCUUGUUCUUGAAUCACAGUCAUUAUUUUGAAGCUUUUCACAUCUUCCUCAAGAAGUCAACAGAACAUCAGUGCAUGCUGGACUUCAUUCAGAAAAAGCUGCCACAAUUAAUAUCCAGCAUCAGUAAUGGAAAAACUGAAAUCAACAUUCUAAGUGUCGGUGGUGGUUCAGGGGAAAUUGACCUUGAGAUUCUUGCAAGAUUACAGUCGGAAUACCCUGGCGUGAUCAUUCAUACCGAUGUGAUAGAACCAAAUGCAGAACAAAUAAACAGUUACAAAGAAAGUGUUGCAAAGGCAUCAGAUCUCAAGAACAUAAAGUUCACUUGGCACGAAGAGACAUCCCUGGAAUAUGAAAAUCGAAUUAUGGACAGCAAAGAGAUGGGAAAAUGGAAUUUCAUCCACAUGAUCCAGAUGCUAUAUUACGUAAAAGACAUGCCAGCUACCAUUAGAUUCUUUCACAGCCUCUUGGAAGAUGGGGCCAAACUCCUCAUUAUUCUUGUUUCAGGACACAGUGGCUGGGCCAAAUUGUGGAGGAAAUAUGGUCCUCGUUUACCUCCAAAUGAUCUGUGUUUAUAUAUUUCUUCUGUUGACGUUGAAGAGAUGCUUGACGGUUCUGGACUGAAGUAUCAGACUUAUGAACUUCCAUCAGACAUGGACAUUACGGAUUGUUUUACUGAAGGGAACAAAACUGGGGAACUUUUGCUUGAUUUUUUGACAGAAACCUAUAAUUUCAGUAAAACUGCCCCUCUUGAUCUAAAAAAUGAACUCACGGAAGAUCUUAAAAAGCCUGAAUAUAGUGAAAGGAGAGGUGACAAGUAUUUUUUUAAUAACACCCUGACCGCAAUAAUGAUUGAACAUUAAAAUGGAGAGACUUACUUACAAACCUAAUAUCUCUAUGAACUUGUUUAAUAUUUUAAUAACUGUGUUGUAUGUGAAACCUGAGACAAAUACAGACAGAAACACCCAAGUGGGAUAUUUUGUGCCUCAAAUUAUCAUUGUUAAGAGUAUCAAUACCAGUAUGUGUUUGCAAAUAGACACCUUAUUAAUAAAUUAAAAGUUACUUUA